GGGCGAGACGGGGCGGCGGCGGCUCCCGGGGCUGCAGAGAAACGUGAAGCGCAACGGGAGUAGAAGCUGUUUGAACAGGAGUCGGUUUGGUUCCCGCGAGAGGGACUGGCUGAGGGAGGACGUCGGACGAGGCUGCGUGUAUGUUUACGGAGGGGAUGCUGUUGCUUCUUCAGACUUGCGCUUGGUCCUCUGUACCGUGGACACCCCAGCGUCCGAGAUAUGCGAUGGAGAAGGGAGGAAAAACCUCUUUUUGCAACUUCAUGGAGACCUGGUCAGGAGGCUGGAGCCCACAGAAAAACCCCUUCAGAUUGUGUAUGACUACUUGGCUGGGCUGGGUUUUGAUGAUCCUGUCAGAAUGCAGGAAGAGGCAGCAAACUCUGAUCUCAGCUGUAUGAUUCGAUUUUACUGUGAAAAGCCAUGUCAGGUGGAACAGCUCGAUCGCAUCCUGCUCUCUGGAGUCUAUAACGUACGCAAAGGAAAGACCCAGCUGCACAAGUGGGCAGAGCGCUUGGUCAUUCUCUGUGGGACUUGCCUCAUUGUGUCCUCUGUGAAGGACAGCCACACAGGGAAGAUGCACAUCUUGCCUCUCAUUGGAGGGAAGGUGGAAGAGAUGAAACGUCGGCAGUACACGCUUGCUUUCACAUCUGCUGGAGCCCAAGCCCAAACAUACCACAUUUCCUUUGAAACGCUGGCAGAGUACCAGCGGUGGCACCGACAGGCAUCCACGGUUGUGUCUAUGCGACUUGGCAUGGUUGAUCUUUCAUGCUACAGCCUUGAGGAAGUACCUGAGCACCUCUUCUACAGUCAAGACAUCAUCUACCUCAACCUACGACACAAUUUUAUGAGAUCAAGUGGAGCAGGGGGUCUUGACUCUCUUUGCAGGUUUUCUCAGCUGAAGAGCCUGAACCUGUCUCAUAACAGACUGGGAGAGUUUCCUGUAUCACUGUGCGAGAUCUCUACUCUGACAGAGCUUAAUAUUUCCUGUAAUGGACUUCAUUACUUGCCAAAACAGAUUGGCAAACUGUUGAAUCUCCAGACCUUCUGGCUUGAUGGGAAUUUCCUCACGUCCUUACCAGAAGAACUGGGAAGUCUGCAACAGCUCAGCUGCCUUGGGCUUUCCUUUAAUAACUUCUGUGAACUGCCAGCAAUUUUUGAGAAACUCGUCAUCUUAGACAAACUAGCCCUGGCAGGGAACUUGCUGGAGACCCUGGACCUUGCAGUGCUGAACCGUAUGAGUCACAUCAAAAGUGUGGACCUGAGGCUGAACAACCUGAAGAGAGCAGCAGCUGACACUCUGGAGGGGAACAAAUCUGUGACUUACAUGGAUUUACGGGACAAUGAGAUGACAGAUCUGGAUCUGAGCUCCUUGGGCAGCCUGGAGCAGCUGCACUGCGAGCGGAAUAACCUGAAAGAGUUGACGCUGAGUGGCUUCUCCCUUCGUGCCCUCUAUGCCAACAACAACAGUCUGACAGCUGUCAAUAUUUAUCCUGUUCCUGGUCAACUGACAUGUCUGGAACUCUCUCACAAUCAACUGCAGUGUGUCCCAGACUGGGCCUGUGAAGCAAAGAAACUGGAAGUUUUGGAUGUGAGCUACAACCUCCUUGUGGGGCUUCCAUUGAGGAUCCUGAGCAGCUUGAGCCUUCGGAAGUUGAUGGUGGGGCACAAUCGUCUGCAGAGCCUUCCACCUCUUGUAGAACACAUUCCACUGGAGGUGCUGGACCUUCAGCACAACCUGUUGACUAAGCUUCCAGAGAUGCUCUUUGUCAAGGCUCUGAACCUCAGGUACCUGAAUGCAUCUGCGAACAGCCUGGAGUCCUUGCCCCCUGCAUGUACAGGGGAGGAGAGUCUAAGCAUGCUGCAACUACUUUACUUGACCAACAAUAACCUCACCGAUCAGUGCAUCCCUGUCUUGGUGGGACACCUGAGCCUACGGAUCCUGCAUCUGGCAAACAACAACCUCCAGACUUUCCCUGCAAGCAAACUUAGUAAGCUGGAGCACUUGGAAGAGCUGAAUCUGAGUGGCAACAAACUGAAAACAAUUCCCACAACAGUGGCAAACUGCAAGCUACUUCAUACACUUAUUGCACACUCUAAUGAAAUCACCACCUUUCCAGAGAUCCUGCAUUUGCCCCGUAUUCAGUUUGUGGACUUGAGCUGCAAUGAGUUAACUGAAAUCCUAAUCCCUGAGGCACUGCCAGGUGCCUUGCAAGAGUUGGAUCUGAGUGGAAACACAAACCUGGUGCUGGAACACAAGACACUGGACAUCUUCAGUCACAUUACCACACUGAAGAUCGACACUAAGCCCACCCUCACGGCAGACUCAGCACUCACUUCUACCUUCUGGAGUCAUGGAGUGGCUGAGAUGGCAGGCCAAAGAAAUAAGCUGUGUGUGUCAUCCCUGGCACUGGGAAGCUUUGCAGAGGGGGUGGAGGCUGUGUAUGGCAUGUUUGAUGGUGACAAGAACGAGGAGCUGCCGCGCUUGCUGCAGUGCACCAUGGCCGAUGUGCUCCUGGAGGAGGUGCAGCAGUCAGACACCGUGUUCAUGUCCAACACCUUCUUGGUCUCCCACAGGAAGCUGGGCAUGGCUGGGCAGAAGCUGGGUUCCUCUGCUGUCCUUUGCUAUAUUCGUCAUGAUGCAGCUGAUCCAGCAAGCAACUUUUCUCUGACGGUGGCCAAUGUGGGGACGUGCCAAGCCAUUCUGUGCCGAAGUGGAAAACCACUGCCUCUCUCCAAAGUCUUCAGCCUUGAACAGUGUUCGGAAGAAGCCAAGAGAGUCAAGGAGCAAAAAGCCAUUAUAACGGAGGACAAUAAGGUCAACGGAGUGACUUGCUGUACUCGGAUGCUGGGCUGCACAUACCUGCAUCCUUGGAUCCUGCCCAAACCACACGUCGAUUCCAUUCCACUGACUGUACAAGAUGAGCUGCUAGUUCUAGGGAACAAAGCUCUCUGGGAACACCUUUCCUACGCAGAGGCUGUCUCAGCCGUGCGUCACCUACACGACCCGCUAGCUGCUGCGAAGAAACUCUGCACUUUAGCCCAAAGCUAUGGAUGCCAAGACAACGUAGGUGCAAUGGUGGUGUGUCUGAACAUCAGUGAGGACAGCUGCACAUGUGAGAUGCAUGGCCUCACUCUGCCAGGUCCUGGGGGAUUUAGUUCCACCACCACCAAGCCAGCAACACCUUCGUCUAGCAGUGGAAUUGCUUCUGAGUUCAGCAGCGAACUGUCUGCUUCUGAGGUUAGCAGUGAGGUGGGCUCCACUGCUUCAGACGAGCACAGUGCUGUUGGCCUUGAUGGCAGUUUGCUGCCGCGACAAGAGCGACGUUGCAGCCUACAUCCUGUGCCCCCCUCGAGCAUCUUUCAGCGCCAGCCUUCCAGUGCCACCUUCUCUAGCAACCAGUCUGACAACGGUCUGGAUAGCGAUGAUGAGCAGCCUGUGGAAGGUGUGAUGACAAAUGGCAGUAAAGUGGAGGUAGAGGUGGACAUCCACUGCUGUAAAGGAAAGGGCCUGGAGCUUGAACCUCCUGCUGCAGUGCGCAGCUCCUCUGCUCCGGGAACAGAGGACGACUCAGGGCUUGUCCUCAUCAUCCGCAGACAGAACAGUGUAAACAGCAACACUGUGCAGAGAGGGGUCAGGGAAAAGUGUGAACUGCAAAAAUCUCUUUCCACAUGCUGUCUCUAUGGAAAGAAGCUUUCCAAUGGCUCCAUAGUGCCCUUGGAGGAGAGCCUCAACCUAAUUGAAGUAGCCACAGAAGCACCCAAGAAGAAGACUGGCUAUUUUGCUGCUCCAUCCCAGGUGGAGCCAGAAGAUCAAUUUGUGGUGCCACCUGAUCUGGAGGAGGAAGUGAAGAAGCAAAUGAAGCAGCAGCAAGAGAAUGGAGCGGACCAGGAUCAGAAAGAGGAACAUGCAGUGUCUCUGCCAGAGGAGUUUGACACAGCUUUGUAACCCUACAAGUACUGGUCCCACAUUGUCUGUCCUGGGAAGCCCUGUCCCAUAAGGGCUAUCUUGCCCUCCAAGGGGAGCUGGGAUCUGCAAGGAGUACAGGCAUCUGCUGCUGCUUUAAUGGAGUCAAGGAAGAAUCGGGAGUGCUAAGGUCUGGGCUGUCCACUUGUCACCGUAGAGUCUUAGUUGUUGUGUGAGCACUCAGAGCAGCAGCUGAGCAUUGUGUUAGGGGCUCUCUGGAGAUUGUGGAAGCAUUAGGAAGAAGGCAGAUGUUUCAACACCUGCCUGUAACUCCUUGAACCCUGAGGUUCUGCCAGCUCUGCAGGGAAAGGGCUGGCGUACGUGCCUGUGGGGUGAGGAGGCUGCUGAGGGGAAACAUUCAGUGUUUGGAGUCCUGUGAAUAUUUCUGAUGCAGCCCCCCCACCUCCACCAGCACCCAACUUUGUUAUUCCUUGAAAGAUUACAGCCAGUUGCAGUGAAGCUGACCCAAGAAUGGUUUCCUACAUUAAUUGCAAGCACUUUUAUUGAUUGCACUUAAGCUGUUCUGCUCCCCUUAAGCCCAGCACUUUAUUAUUUCAGGUGAGGGGAGAGAGCACUGCACGGCAGGUGUGGUGGGCGCAGCAGAAACUCAGGGUGCCGGUGUUCUGCUGAGCACUGGUGCAGGGCAGGGUGAGGGUUACGAUAGGAUUAGCUGAUGCAGGGUGAGAAAAUACAUGGCUGAGUGAUAUCAGGUGCCUGCUGAUGCGUUUUACCUGGACCAUAGGAAAGAUCAGCUCUGGACUGGUUGAUGAAGGUCACGUGUAGAGCCAGCGCUUGGAGGUGCAGAGCACAGACCCAGCUCAGCAGCAGCUUGGCCACCUCUGUCACGGACACCUCACAGCAGAGGCUUCCUGUGUCCGGAAGACGGGAUGAGACCCGGAGCUCAUGCUCAUUGCAGUGAGGUACUUGGUCUCACAGGAAACCAAGUUGUGAGCAGAGUCGUGCUGCUCUGAGGGUGGUGAGCAGUGGGACUGCCUUUCCCAUGCUGGGAGGCGUUCAGUGCUCUGUUCCACCGACACAAACUCUGCACUGUCAGCUACAGCAUCUUCGCUUGCCUCUGAAAACAGGAGUCACAUUCCAAAUCUACAGCAAUCUGCAUUUCAUGGUACAUGCCCAAUUUGGCCACAAAGUGAAAGCAUACUUGCUUCUGCUUAGUUUUCAAGGCAAAAGGAAAAACAGAACUUUCCACCUUAAUACCAUCUUUAUCAGCACUAGAAAAGAUGUUUAAAACAGUCCCAGUAAUGCUGAACUGACCAGUCUGCACUCAGCGGAUGCAUUGUAUUUCCAUGAGGGUUUUUGGUGCAGGGUGUGAGUUGGCUGCCUGUGUCAUUAUCUUGUGUAAGGUUGGGAGAAGACCACAGCCCCGCAGUGUGCAGAUCCGUCUCCCUUGGCUGACAGAGAGCUGGUCGUGCCAGUGGUGCAAUAAUCCUAACUAAUGUGGGCUAGUGCCUUUUCUUCUUUAUUAAUUAUAUUUAUGAAGAAAACUUGAAAGUUUAUUCUCAAGAGCUCUGAGGGGCUUGAGUUGUAUAUUUUUGGAUCAAAUUGAGGCCUUGCUCAGAAGGAAAUACUGUGCAGACUACUUGUGGGAUUCUGUCAAUAUAGAUCUUUUGACAAAAUGUAAUGGAGUUUUACUGAGAUUUCAAAGCACCUUGAUUUUCUUCUCACUAGGAAAAAAUGUAUUUUUACCAUGCAUGAGAACACAACGUUUUAGGAUACACCUUGUGUUAGUUACAAUGUAAUCAUGAAACAACCCAACUUUUUCCAAAGUUUAAACUCUCACGAAUUUUGGCUGCUUAAAUGCCCAUUUCAUUUGGAAAUUGAGAGAAAAAAUAAUUCCUAGAAUCGCAGAAAUGGCGGCAUUUGAAUCCCCUACGCAGAGAAACAACAGCAGAAAAGAUUAAAAAACUAAACCCCAAAUGUCUUUCAUGUUCUCUUCAUAGAAGUAUGCAGAAAAGGCUCAUGCCAAUUUAUUUGGCUGCAAUUUUUAAUUCUGGUGAUAAUUUUACCAAAUAUCUGUGCCCGGCCCAACACUUUCUGAUACCUGACAGGGCUGCAAAGCAGCCUCUGUUCAGCUUGGGACUGAUGCAGAAAUAGUGUCUCCUUUCUGAGUAAGACUGUGACAAAUCUUGCAUUAGGAGAGUGGCAGAUGUUAAUGCAGAUCAGGUCUCUCUUGCACUGAUGUGGAAAAUCCAGAGUGUCCUUGCCAGUCUGAACCAGUAGCAUUGCACUUAAGGGUUGGCAUUACCACAGGGAGUUAGUCCUGAAUGGCUCUUUCUAGCUCAGUGGGGACAGACUAAGUAAAAUAAAACUCUGCAAUGGAGCAUGCAGAUUUCUGAGCUGCUCCUUUUCAUGGUAGUAGCAGAAUGGAGUGCAAGGAAUUCCUACUUAGCCUUUUUCUCCAGUGCUGUUUCUGGUUUUGUAGCAGAAAGGGAGUUUAAUACAUCCAGCUCCCAUUUUCUGUGGGUGUGAACGGCCAUGGCAGACCGUGGCUUGUUCUCUAUGCUGGGUACAUCCACAGCUUUCUCUGCUGAAGCUGAUACUAUGAACUGUUGGUCUUACCCUGGGCAGCACUGACUGAGUGCUUCCCUCCACCACUACCUUUUGUUUUCCUGCCUCCCUAGAGGCAGCAAGCUUCUCCUUUGCCCUCCUCACCUUGCUCAUUAGCACCACCGUAGAUUUCACGCUCCCUGGAAGCACUGCUGUAGGUGGAGCAGGUAUGAACAGGCAAGUCUAGUGAAGGACUCACAGCAGGGGAUAGAAAGUGUUUUCCUGGUUCUCUUCCCGUUCUCUCUCCUAUUCCCUUCAAGAUUUUUGUAUGUGGUUCUUGCACAGAUACAUCAUUUCCAUGGAGCCACAUCAUUACAAACGUCCCAUUCCUUAACAGACCCACUGCCAGAGAGGCUCUCAGCGUGGGCUCAUCAGGCUCUGGUCCCUGCUGUGUUGUUGCGGCCACGGUCGGCUCAGCUGGGGAGUUCCUUUGUCCAUCUCUUCAUUAAUUCUGGCUCCGCUGAUAAGCGUGCUUGCUGAGAACACGUACUCUAAAGGCAUUGACCUGUCUGCCCUAUCCCCUCCAGAAAGGCUUCCACAACAGGAGCCUGUGAGGGUUAUGUUCAGUGCUGAGUAGUUGGGGCCCAAGUAUUAAGAAUAAAGGGCAGCCUCCAGGUUGCUCCCAGCACCAGGAACAGGCCUGGUGGUGGCAGCGCCACAGUAUGCUGGGACCUGAUCAGAAUCCUCAACUAGACAGGAGGGCAAAAUCCUGUUCCAAGGAGCAGGUAUUUCCCUGUCUGGGAUCGGGCUGCUGUGAAGGCUGAAAUCCUUCUCCCAGUCCACAGGACGCUCGGCCGUGCCCAGGGCCCUUGGACUUCAGGAGUCCCCACACUCCUUCCCAAUGGCAGUGGCUGCCCUGUCACCUGCCAAAGGCCGCCUUCAGGCAGCAGGUUCACCUCUUCAGUUUUAUGCACUCCUUGUCUGCUGUUCCAUUGCUGUCUGAAGACUCAAGUUUAUUUCUCUUUUUUUCACAUUUUAAAAUGUUACCCUUUUUUUUUUAACUUGACUCAUAUCACCCAGUGCAUGUUAAAGAAAUAUUGCAGCACACCUGUUAAUUAAAUAAUAUUUCUUCAUGGUUUUUGUUUUCAAAAGGAGAGUAUUUUCUGUAUCCCAAUCUAGCAUGCACCUGUAAUAGUCUCCAUUUUUAUCAUGUAUGGGAAUAGGUUGUCCCGUGAAUGCACCUUCAGCACUGUGGCCUCUGUUUGCGUUGGUUUGGAGAAGCAAAUAACGUAAGAUUGCUGGAAAACACUAUUCCAUUGAUUCUUUAUUCAGGUGUAUAGAGCAGUCCAGGAAGGAAUAUUUUUGCAUCAGCUUUUCAGCUGACCUAGCAAUAAAGAUUUUUACUUUCAUCUAA